UGUGGCACAUGUGGGCAGUUUGGGAGAAGAUGCCCGCCCUCGCUCCCGUUGGAUUCAUUCCCGAGUCGUCACAAAGGCCGCCGUCAAACUCGCAAUAUGGUUUGAAGUCGCGUUCAGAAUCACUCAACGCUCUAAGUAUGGGGGUGCUGUUAGCAUUUGCGAGCCGGAAGGAUGUAGCAUUAUGCUGGUGGAAGUGGAUCAAGUGACAGCUGCUCACGUUUUGUUGUUAGGAGCAAGGUUCCACAGGUCUGGGGAGGGAAGUUUGAAGAGAAUGGACUGCAGAAUUCAUUGUGAGGAGUCCGUCGAUAGAUUUGCAGGUUUCUGAUGAUGGAAGGUUCUAAUUAAAAAUAAAAUAAAAUGAGCUUUGUAUAGUCGGGAGGCGUGAUGGGGUGGCUGUGGAUGUGUCUCGGAAUCAGAGACAACUCAGCUCGGAGAAUUCGUGAUGCUGAGGGAAGAUUGAGCAGCGAUUCUUACGACGCCAGAUUUGGCAGCUCCAAGAUACCGCGGAUAGAAGACUACUUGCAGCCCAGACGAACGGGAUACGACGUCUUCGUUAAUAGAUAUACAUCAGAGUCCCCGAACUCAAUUAAAACGGUCGCAUCGUCGAUAGAUUCAAUACACGCAGAUGGAAAUGGCAGCAACAAAGAAGGCAAAAAAUGGGCACAUCAGGAAUCGAAUGUGCAACUCCGUCGCGUGGAAAAGAAAUGGGGAAACACGAAUGCAAUACCUCCUGGCGAUGUUAUUAGCAGAGAAUUCCGACCACACUGGAGCAGUGGCGAACAGAUUCCCGAAAAUAACGUUGUUUCACGAGAAACAUCGAGUUUGCGGAAGUCCUUUUCCGAGCUCUUGAUGGAAACUGACGCACUUGAUAGCUCGACGUCGAGAUUCAAGGGUCCUCUGGCAUUAGCCGCCAUCGCUGCAGCAGCUGAGAGAGCUGCGAGAUCACAUAGACAGCACGGGGAAGGCGGAAGAGGAAGGAAAAACAUCCAGCCUGUGCACUUGGCGGCUUGCGAUCAGCCUUCUCGGAGUCCCCAGUCUCCUCAUUCUAUAUCGCUGUCUUCAGCCGUGAGUGUCUCUUCUCUCUCUAAGAAGCACCUUGAAGCUUCACAUGCGGUAGCUGCUUUCAAAGAGAACAGGCGUCGACAAAUGUCUGAGAGGCAAUCAAAUGUCCGGAGUAAUGGAAGCAUUCGGAAAAUUUUCCGCUCGUCACGGAAGCGCCCGUUCCGACGAGCUCUGUCGCCCGUCCUCGAAGUCUUGUCCCUUGACGAAGAACUCCGGAGCAAGAGGAAAAGUGACGUUAGCUUGCGCGAUCUAUUCACCAACGACUUGCCGCAAGCUCCCAGUGAACGUACUUCCACAGAAUCAAUACCUUCUGCUGGUGACCAUCAGCAGAGUACAUGGAGGAAUUCUUUGGCUAUGAUUGCGAAGGCAACAGGGAUGACAUCAGAAGCUCUCUCGACAGAGGAGGGUGCUGAUUGUGUGGAUGUGGAGAAUUUGCAAGAGAAAUCGGAGGCUGCCGGAGCCGGACAUUCACCCUGCCCUUUGUCUAGCUGUUUAAGUGAGUUUGCAGAAGGACGAAGUCAAGAAACUCCAGUUGAUGGAUCAGUGCUCGGUGAGAAUGGUACUAUCAAUGGCAACCAUGACCGCAACCUUGACGAAGGAUUGGAUAGGGCUUCCAGCCCUCCACGAGGAGCAUAUCCGGAGGGAACCUCUUCCGGCCCAGAAAAUUUGCGACUUCAAAGUCAGCCUCAUACCGGCUCUCAAAAUCUGGGACACGAGCCGCAUGAUGAUGUCUCAUUGCUGAGGACUUCGGUGAGAGAUGUAUUGGUAUCGCCAGAGGUGUUCAUGUCCCCUAAAACGGCCAACUCGGAGCUAAAUUUCACGAGAAUUAUGGACGUGAAUCCCGAAGAGAGGCCCAUCCUUGGUUCCCUAGCGGAUCACUGGGAAGCUGCGUUGACGACGAAAAAAUCCGCUUGGGACGGCAAAGGCAUUCCGAAUUCGACCCACAAGUACCGGGAGGAUCAGAAAGUCAUGUGGCAUUCGGCGUCAUUUGAGGAACGUCUGGUGCAAGCUCUAGCAACACAAGAAGCCUCAGUUCCCCAAAGAAGAAGCAGGUCAAGAGGACUAGUGAAUCGAUUAGCAGCAGGUAGGAGUGAUACGGGUUUGCAAGCACAUUAGUGCAACCUCAUCUCACAAACUAGACCUGAAGAUGGAGAGACAAUUUUACCUUCUUCGAAUUUACAUUUUAUUCUCUGGAUGCAAGUCGUCUUUGAAAUUUGGCAAACCUAAGGCCGAGUUUUGAUUGGAAUGAAACAAUGAAGAUAUAAAUGGGACCAACCUCAUGAAUUCCAUCCCAACAUGGUGGUAUAAUAUCCUUGUGGCUCGCAGUGUCCACCAUCACAAUUCC